AUGAGUGCGAGAGAGAACGAAAACCCUCUGCCGGCACCGACGUCGGAGGAGCAUGAUGCUUUAGAUAGGAGUCACAAGAAAGUGAGGGCUAGAGAGACUAUAUUCUCGCUGGAGCAACGAUUGGUUCCUAGGGUUGAAGAGUGGAUGACAGAUGAUAAUCAAGCAAGAGCUACUGAAUCGGAUAAGGGCAAAACUCCAUCAACAGCUAGCACGACAUGGAAAUCUUUCAAGGAGGCAGUCACGAAGGAAAUAACGAUGGAGGAGGAAGAAGAGGAUUGGUGGAGUAAUGACCGCUGGAAGGAGCGAAUCUCGGUUUCUAUGACGGUGAACAGACCUAACGGUGACAUUGACUCAAUAGAUGUGGGGUCUGGUUUCUUUGCAGUGAAAUUUUCUAAUGCUUCUGAUUAUGAAUUGGCGUUAACCGGAGGGUUGUGGUUAUUGUUUGAUCACUAUAUCGCAGUUCAACCUUGGAAACUAGAUUUUGAUCCAGAUGAGGAACAAGUUUCAAAGAUUGCGGCUUGGAUUUGUAUUCCCAAGCUGGCCCUAGACUACUACGACAGAGGCAUCCUCCACGUACUGGGCAACCAAGUGGGAAAAGUAUUAAAAGUUGACACGGCAACUCAUUAA